AUCAAAACCCUAACGAAAGGUAGGUAGGUAGGUCACGAUUAGUUCUCGAAAUCGAUCUGAUCAGAUUCAUCGUUUCUUCUAGUGUUUACUCGUUUCCCAGUUCCCGAUCAUCGUCGUCGAUCCCUUUUUGCGUCGAUCCAUAUAGAAUCUGCGAGUAGAGUUCCAAGAUGGCUUCGAAAAGAAUCAACAAGGAGCUUAGGGACCUCCAAAAGGAUCCUCCUGUCUCAUGCAGUGCUGGACCUGUGGGUGAUGAUAUGUUCCACUGGCAAGCGACUAUUAUGGGUCCAAGUGAUAGCCCUUUCUCCGGAGGUGUAUUCCUUGUUUCCAUUCACUUCCCACCAGAUUACCCCUUCAAGCCACCGAAGGUUUCUUUCCGCACCAAGGUUUAUCACCCGAAUAUCAACAGUAAUGGCAGUAUCUGUCUUGACAUUCUGAAAGAGCAGUGGAGCCCUGCACUUACCAUAUCCAAGGUUCUUCUGUCGAUAUGUUCAUUGCUGACAGAUCCAAACCCUGAUGAUCCUCUUGUUCCAGAAAUAGCCCACACCUACAAGACAGACCGAGUCAAGUACGAGAGCACUGCCCGAUCCUGGACCCAGAAGUAUGCAAUGGGAUGAUGAUGAUUGUCGAGAAUAAUAGCACCAGUGCAUUGCGCAUUGUUUAAGAAUAUGAGAAAUAAGAUUGAAAAAAAAAACAGAGUGUGGCGCUUUGCUUGGUUGCUUUAUUAGUUUUUUCUUAUCACAUUAAGCCGUGUGUUGGUUUGUGUACAUGAGCUUUAUAUUGAGACAUUUGAGAGCUUUCAAUGCUUUAAAGCCAAUAAUUGGCUAUUAUGAUAAUGAUGAGUCGCUCUCUCUUUGAUUGUGUUGAAUGAAAGAAUAUACAUAAGUUUGCUGAUAAUAUUCGAACAAAUUGUUACUCAUAACACUAUUUCUGUAAGAAUCAAAGGAAAUUUGUUAUUGUG